AUGGACGCCAAGAAGACGCUGCGCGAGUUGCAGCGCCUCUUCUCCUCGACCGCCCCCUCGUCGUCCACCUCGUGCCCCGCCAACCCGUUCCCGGCGUACGCCCUCCCGCCCGACAUCGUCAGCCUCCUCGAGGAGCACAUCCGCACCUUUGCCUCGUCCUUCCCGCUCAGUGCGGCGGGCGCAGCCGCCGGCCAGUCCGAGGGCGAGCGCGAGCGCGCCCGCUGGCGCGAGGGCCUGCUCGACAUCUGGACGUCGGCCGAGCCCCUGCCCGGCACCGAGCGCGAGCUGCACAACAUCGGCAAGGUGUCGGCCUUCCUCGCGCUCCUCGACAAGUUGAGCGCCGACGUCGGCGACGACGACGAGGCGGCCUUGAUCAGCCGCCAGGACAUCGGCUCGGUGUGGUGGAACGCCGUCCUGCGUCGCACCAUGCUCGGCACGGCCAAGGAGGACGACUCGGCGGCGUCGACGCCCCGUGCGCCUCAACCUCGAGGGCGCAAGCUCGACCGCAAGGGCAAGGAGCCCGCCCACCCGUCGUCGUCCUCGUCGUCGUCGAGCACGCCGAUCCUCCCGCUCUACGUCUCGCGCCAAGCGCUCGCCGCCGCGACGCGCAUGAUCGUGUGGGGCAUGGUGGCGCCGAGUCGGAGCCAGGGCGAGCAGGCCGACGACUGGGUGUCGCCGUUCGCCGGCCUCAUCCUCAACGAGUACGAGGACCGCGCGCUCGCUCGGCUCAAGGGCCUCGACGAGGGCUACGGCAUCCGCAACCUCGAGGAGUGCCUCAUCAUGUGGGGAGAGAAAUCGCCCAAGGCCUUCUUCGCCCGCCUCUCGACCUUGCUUAGCCCGAGCCUCCCGGCCCUCCUCCCUACUUCCUCCCUCCUCCUGUCGUUCCUCGCCCGUCACUCGGCCAAAGCCUACCACGCCCUGUCGACACCGCUCGUCGCCAACCUCGUCACGGCCGCCCUCACCGUCUCGUCGGUCGCGACCGUCUCACUCGCGCUCAAGUGCCUCGACAUAUUUGUCGCGACGCUCCCCGUCAUCAUCGGCGAGCACCUGUUUGGCAUCAUGGCCGUGUACGCCCGCGCCGUCUCGUGGGAGACCGCCCAGGACCUCGAGGACGACGGCGACGCGCACGAGCCCAGCCCGACUGAAGAUCUCUCGCCGUUCCUCGAGGUCGACGACGACAAGGUGCCCAACCCGACUGGCCUGUUCACCGUCCUGUACGGCAUCUACCCGGUCAACUUCACGGCCUUCCUGCGCGACGCCAACGCGUACCUGCGCGACAAGGCGUGGCCUGGCGCGCUCGGCGACGGCGUCAUCGACGUCAGCUCGGUCAUGGUCCGCACCCGCAGCGAGCCUAUCCUCCGCACGCACACGCUCCACCCGGACCUGUUCGGCGGCGACGCCGCCAAGGAGCUCACCGACACCAAGCGGUGGGCUCGCCUCGAGGCGGCCGACGUCCGCGCCCAGUGCGACCGCAACGUGGCCCAGCCCAUCAUGGCCGCCGCCGACGACUGGCGAGGCGCCGUGCCCGUCGCCGAGCUCGAGCACGACGACGCACAGCCGCAGAGCGCGCGGUCGGCCGGGUUCGAGCCCGUCGAGGAGGGCGUCCCGCUCGACUCGACCUCGGCCACGCCCAAGGCCACCUCGCCCGGCCCGUCUCGCUCGGCCUCUCGCGCUGUGUCGCGCGUCCGGUCCGCGACGCCCUCGACGACGGGCACGGCGUCGCCCGUGCGCGUCUCGACGCCCCUCAUGCCGGCGACGACCCACUUUACCAACUUCCAGGCGCUCCAGUCGACGGCCGGCUCGCCGACGAGCAUGUCGCCCGCGCGCCGGUCCGGGUCGCGCUUCCGCGUCGCGUCGGCCAACUCGGACGGCGUGCCCGAGUGGCCCGGCACGCUCGAGCUGUCGGGCAUGCACGGCGCGCCCGUCGCCUCGGCGGCGCACCCGCACAACCACCCACACGCACACCCGCACGCGCACCCGCUCGCGCCGUCGACCAUGUCGCGCCGCUCGUCGGGCGUCGCGUCGCACGGCACGGGCGUCGGCCUCCUGUCGCCCGAGCUCGUCCCUGUCGGCAGCACGCGCGGUGUGUCGCCCGCGCCGACGACGGCCCACAUCGUCAAGCUCGAGCGCGACGUGCUCCUCCUCAAAGGCGAGGUCGACUUCCAGAACUACCUCAAGCAGCUUCACCUGCAGCACAUGGGCACGCUCCAUCGCGAGAAGGUGCUCGAGUCGGGCGCCGAGGCAGAACGGCAGAGCUCGUUCCGCACGAUCCGGACCUUGCGCGCUCAGCUUCGCGCGACGCAGAACGCGCUCGACCAGUUGCGCUCGGAGCAGGCGGCGACCAAGGCCAACUGGACGGCGCACAUUGCCGACUUGCGCGACAAGCUCUCGACGCUGCGCGAGCAGCGCAUGCGGUGGGACCACGACGAGAAGAUGCUCCAGGCCGAGGUCGCCGACUGGAAGGACCGGUUCGACAAGAAGGGCAAGGAGCUCGUCGAGGAGGGGUCGGCGCUGUUCGACUUGCGCAACCAGGUGUCGCUCGACGAGAAGAAGCUGUCGCGCAUCGCCGAGUACGAGCACCGCAUCGAGGCCCUCACCAAGACGCUCGCCAUCUGCGACGCCGACCUCGUCAAGUUUGUCGAGCAGCGCAAGGAGAUGAACCUGCUCGUCGGCGAGUGGAAGAAGAGCGAGCUCUUGCGCGAGACGGUCGAGCAGGAGAGCAAGCUGCUCAAGAAGGCCCUGCGCGCGAUGGAGAACGACCUCGCCGAGGCUCGUCGCUCGGCCGCCUCCUCGGCCGGCCCAGGCGCCGGCGUCUCGUCGUCGGCGUCCAAGGGCGAGCUCGUGCAGCUCAGGCGCGAGAUGGACCGCCUGCGGAUGCGCAACCUCGAGCUCGAGGAGCGGCUCGCCGACGUGCUCGACGACAAGGACGCCGAUGUGCUCGCCGGGAGCGAGGAGGCGGACGAGGUGACGACGGGAGAGGACCACGAUGGGCUCGUCGCGAGCAGCAACGGGCGAUAGCGUCGACGACUCGCAGCGCAAUGAUGCAGCUCUUUUCUCGCGC